AUGGCAAUGCUUGCAGCACCGAACCAAGGUAUCCUUGUAGCGACAGUGUUUAUGGGCUUUGGUGCUUGUGCAGAAGAAGCAAUCGGUGAUCCAGCUUGGAACCAUUUUCCAUUUUCUGGUGAACCACCACAGUUCAUCCUUUCCACCCUGGGGGGGUCUUACUCUUUUAGCAAAUGUGUCAGAGAGUACAAGUCAGAUGGAGGCAAAUUAUUACACACCCUGGUAAAUAUCUCGACGGGUAGUUUCAAAGCAUGCGGAACGGGUGGUGGGUUGCAAAGGAGUCCGCGUUUUUCAGCACGGCGACGAGAUUUGUACCGAGCCUUGCGUUUUUUAAGAUAG